AAAUACCGUGCAGUUUUGUCGGCAGAACUAAUCGAAGCAUAAAAUCGACAUUUUGACUCUUUCUCUAGAACAGGUUAGCUCUAUCUUUGUUACUAUAGUGAUAUAACCACGCUGAAAAGUGAUACAGAAAAUACUGGGUUUUAUUAUUCGAGUUUAGCCACCCUACGUACUUCGUAGUGUACCCAGAUUGAGGGGUUAGUUUAGUUUCUGUUCGUGGUGUAUGUUGAUGUUUACUACGUUUUCUACACACUGGGGUCGCCAUAUUUUAGCUGUUGUUUUAGGAUGUGCAGUGCAUACUGGGAGUAUUACGUCAAAUGGUUGCAGUCUAGUUGAGAGCAAAGCAAACUACCUUACAGCUGAAGUUUUCAUCAAUAAUAAGUCAAAAAUGCCACACUGCGUAGCUAUAGGAUGCAACUUCCAAUCAAAAGGGAACAAAGGAAGCGACGUGAGCCUGCACAGUUUUCCUUAUGAUGGAGAGUUGAGAAAAGUUUGGGAAAGCGCAUGUGGAAGAUAACAGCUGCCUAAGGAUUCAUUCAUUUCGCCAAGGAUUCAUUUGAGGAUUCAUAUCGUCAACAGCUCCUCAAAGACCUCACGGGGGCUUCAUAUAAAAGAAGGCUAAAAAGUGGCGCUGUGCCCACAAUAUUUUCACCCACAGAACCUGGAAACCUGGGAGUAACUAGUGAAAACUGCUCCAAUAACCACAGAAAACGGGCCAUGCUGCUGGACACAUCCUUUGCAGCUGCUGAUGAUGACCCAGCGGACACGAUAUCGGAGGAGGACACAAUGCCAAUGGACCGAUUGCGGAUGAGGCCAUGGCUGGAAGAACAGAUUGACUCCUGUGAAAUUCCUGGACUCAAAUGGGUCAAUAAAGAGGAGCGAAUAUUCCAGAUUCCGUGGCUUCAUGGGUCUCAUCAACACUGGGAUUUAGAGAAAGACACUCUCCUGUUCAUGAGAUGGGCCAUUCACACAGGUAAAUAUCGUCCCGGAGAGGAGCGUCCCAACCCAAGAGUGUGGAAGAGUAAUUUCCGUUGCGCCCUCAACAGUUUACCGGACAUCGUGGAGGUGAAGAACAAGACAAUUAAGAGAGGAUCCAAUGCUUUUAGAGUUUACAAAAUGUUGUCCUUUGACAGGCACAUAAAUAAAGCUAUGAGGAGGAAAAUCAAAAAGAUGAUGGCCAUAAAAGGAGUCAAAGUGGACGAUGGUUCCAGCAUAGACUACACCAAACCACACUUGUCCCAAGUCAAAGAGGUGUCUUCAGAAGAGACUGACAGUGCUGAAGAAUUUGGCAUUAAAGAUGAACCUGAUGAGAUUCACAUCAAAGAGGAAGCAGGAUUCAUUAAAUCAGAAGAAGAGGACUUUCCGUGCACUAUUGUCACUGUGAGAAUUGGGGAAAAUGGAGAGGUUGAAGAAACUGAUGUACCAACCUUCAGUUUGGCCUUGGAUCCACAAAGACACCUUAAGAAGUCUGGACAAAAUGUGAACUCUUUGGAAACAGACUGUUUAGACGAUUUGAACAUGAACUCUGAAUCACCAGUGAACCAAAUGCCCAUCAAACCCAAAAAACAUAGGUUAGUUCAGGGACCACACAAGUACGAAUUGGAAGACUUGGAUCAGACAAAGACAGGUGAGACUUCAUUCAGGUUUCAAGAUGGAGAAACGUCAGGUGAAGGGUCAAGUCUGAUGCCAGCGAUGUCCUGAUGCCCUCUCAUAAGUAUCACAUCCCCUAUCACCACUUCCUUGCUUACCCACCCAUAUAGGAGCUCAACAGUCCCACCCGCCUCUCAGGUUUCGGGAGUAAAAUUCCCACAUCUGUACCAUACACUUUUUGUAAACAUUUAUAACUGUUAUUUUUGAGGAGGAGGCUGAUCGCCGUAGUGAUUAAUUAGCAAUAUGGAACUUUGCAAAACUAAUUUGUUGAAAUUUUUUUGUUUUGGACUAAAUAUAAAAAAACAAAGAAACAAUAGUUACUACAUAUCUGAUUAACCAAACUCUUAAUACUUGAAUUCUGAGUCCAUUCCAAGGUGGGAGGAACUGUAGAGCUUCAUAGACCUCUGACUGCAGUGAAAGUAGAUUUAAGGAUACACCGAUCCGAUACUGGUAUGGAAUAUUGGCUUCAAUACUGAAAAAUUUGCUGGGUCAGAUAUCAGCUUCGAUUCAGCUGAUAUUCUGAUUGGGCAUAUAAAUUGAUGUAAUAAGACUGUUUACUGGUCGCUGUUUGCCCAGAAAGUCUCAUAAUGUUUGGAUUUUUAUUUACACAAAAUUGUUAUGUAUCUGUUACUGUGACUACAGAACAUAUUUGUAUCAGUUUUGUCUUAUUUUAGUUUAGUUUAAAAAUAAUAAAUGCUGUUUUAGUCUCUGCUCUGGUAUCAGUUGAUAUCAGGUAUCAGCAGAUAAUUAAAGCCAUAGUAUCAAAAUCGGUAUUGAAACUGAAAAAGCUGGAUCACUGCAUCCCUCAUUAAAUACCCUAAAUGCACAGUCGGAUGACUGCUCUAUAUUUAUAUGCUUUAUGUAAUAAAUUGUUACUGAAGCAGAUGGAUUUGCACUGAAUUAAAAUGUGUAAAAUUUACAUAGCCUUUUCUCAACAAUAUAAAUGUGUAAAUAAAAAACUACUGCUUGCUACUGUGAA